AUACUAAACGAUUAAAAUCUAAUUUAACCAACUGCUUUAGCUAUAUGGCUAAAAGAAAUGUGGAGCACGAGCUAUCUGUCACCACCAACUGAAACGGAGGAUUUUGACCAGUUCCCGCCUUUAGCAAAGCGAUCAAAGGAAGUGACUCGUUACACUGAGGAGACUGUGUUACCUGUGCAGCCUCGAUACGACGAGAUUUUCUGGGGGAAAGAUGUGCCAUUACCAUGUGAGGAGUCCUUCACAUGUGACCCCUUUCUUACCGUAGCUCUGUACUCCACUCCAGCUGGGAUGCUGAGCGGUCAUAAGAGAGCGAGAGCAGGCCUGACUCACGAGAAGCUGCCGCAUCCUUCACAGCUGAUGGGCAGGAGGAGGAGAGAUCACAGACUACAGAAACACACUCCAAAAGUUCUGGAACAUUUAGGAGAACUCAGGAUGAAACAGCGCUACAUCAAUGAGUUGAAGGGGGACAGAUGGCGGGGUGCCUCAGCUGUGGCCAGCAGCGGCGGCUCAGAAGAGCUACCUGAGGCCGGGGAUGAGCAGCUAUUCGGUGCGACAGCUGGUGUUAACAUCAGUCCUAUGCUAAUGGACCUUGAUGAGACCAUGACAAUGCCUCACGAAGCUGCUCCCACACCGACUCAUCGGUUCUCAUUUACAGGACAUGAGCAGUUUCUUGACCUCACUCCAGUAGGGAACCCAAUGAAGGCGUUUGUUUCGGGAACAGCCCGCAGAUCGCUCUUGAUGGCUGAUGAAGAGACGGCUGAUGAAUUUUGGGCCGCAGAGAAUUCGGAGACAUCUGAUGGCAUCCUCAAGAGCGACGAAGACCAGAUGUCCCUUUUUUACUAG